AUGCCGCCUCGCAAGAAGAAUGCGGCGAUCAAGUCGAGCGGGGCGACGUCGUCCAAGGCGGCGCCGCUGCCCGACUGGGUCAAGGGCGGCGGGGCCAAGCCGCCGCCGCCUACAGGCACGAACAAGGAUGGGACGGCGCAGCUGUUUCCCCCGCGGUACAAGACCCCCCUGAACCUCAUGUAUGAGCGCAUCCAGAAGCUGCCAGGCUGGCUCAAGCCCGAGGUCGAGCCGGUGCACCGCAAGGACGGGUAUACGUGUGUGAUUACGCUGCGCAAGGAGAACAAGCAGGACCGCUCGAAUCCCCAUACGGUGCGCAUGGAGCCGAAAGAGCCGGGCGCGCGGCUCCAGUGCGAGACGAGUCUGCACGCGAAGCACUGGGGCGCGACGUACGUCCUGUUCCGCCUCUUCAACCAGCUCGGCCUGCACCGCGUGCUCCCGCCGGGCCCACGCGAGUACUGGCUGGAGCUCGAGCAGGUCAAGGCGCAGGCGCCCGAGAGCGAUAGCUGGAAGUGGGCGUCGGAUCCGUUCGAGGCCAUCGCGAAGCGCGACGCCGAGGCGGCCGCGCGCGAAAAGGCGCGGGCCGCGCGCGAGGCCGCGAAGAGCGAGCCUGCGGCGCCGCCGCUCAGCAAGGCGUGGCAGCGGGCGCCCGAGGUGCGUAUGGCGCCGGCCCUGCGCGAGCUCGUCGAGUCGACGAUCCGCGCGCGCCUCAGCGACGCCGUCGCGUCGGACGUCGACGCGCUCGACCGCGGCGUGCAGCACAUGGCCGUCGAUACGCCCGCGCUCGAGCGCGAGCUCCUGCGCCUCGGCGUGCGCGCCGCGUAUGUGCGCCGGGUGCUGGCGUGGCUCGAGGAGGCGCGCGCCCAGUACGCGUCGCCCGACGCCCUCGAGCAGCUGCGCGCGGCGCACCCGCUCCUCGCAUCGAUCCUCGCGCUGCCGAACCGCGAGGCGGCGAUCGAGUACAUGGUCCUGUUCACGCCCGAGCAGGACCUGCCGCCGAAGCUGCGACCGACCGCGUCGUCCGACUCGUUUGUCACCGGCGCCGCGAGCGGCGGCGUCUCGCAGGAGGGCCUCGUCGACCGGUGGACGAUCGACAAGCUCUCGCGCUGCGCGGGCUUCCCGCGCGAGAAUGUCGCGCGCGCGCUCGACAUGGUGCGCAGCGCCGGCGUCCGCGAGCCCCAGGCGGCUCGCGAGGGCGCCGUGCUCGAUGUCCUGCUGCACGAGCUCGCCGGCGACGCGCGGGCGCCUGUCCUGUCGCUCUGUGCGGGCGACGAGGCCGUCGCGCAGAAGCGCGACGACGAGCGCACGAUGCUCGCCGCGUGCCUCGGCGACGACGUGGUGCGCCGCGUGCCGGAGAACGAUGCGAUCGACGCAUCCGACUACGACAUCUACCUCGGCACGUACGACAAGGAAGACGUGGCGCUGCGUGUGUCGCUGCAUGCGGCCUCGCACUAUCUCUCCGCGCCGGGCGCCUGGCCCAGCAUGUACGUGACGAGCACGACGCUCCCGUCGUUCCUGCGCCUCGCGCUGACGCGGCAUGUGCUGCAGUGCCUCGCGCAGCGCGCGGACCUCAGCGACGCGCUCGCGGCGAACGAGGGCGGCGUCCUGUUCCUCGUGUGCGAGGAGCUAAAGGCGUGCAUCCCCGCGGUCCUGCACGACCCGCCGGCGCUCUCCGACGUCAUGGAGCACCUCGUCGACCUCGCACCGAACACGGCCGCGCGCGCGAUCCAGCAGACCGAGCGCACGCGCGCGGCGCGCCCGUCGGUA